GGAGGUUAUGUGGAUGCCACGCCCCUACAGGAAGGAAGUGUGUGUGUGUGUGUGUGUGUGUGUGUGUGUUUAGGAGUAAACUUAGGAGGGGGCAAAAAGGAUGGGCUCUUGGAAGGUUUGGGCUUGGAGUCAGGCCUAAAACAUUCCAGGAGAGUGCUUUCGGGAGUGGCCCUGUGAAAGAGUUUGAUGGAGAUUGGGAAUUUUGGAAGCAGAGGGGGAGGUGAGGGUUGAAGAAAAGAGAGCAAGGAGUGCAUGUAGAAGGUACCUACAUCUCGGAAUGGAAAGGAUUUAGUUCAGUUGCAGAGAGCUGGCAGAUUAAAACACUGAAUACCCUAAGAAGCUUGAGAGAUCCGAUUAAUAUGUGGUACCUUAAAUGAGUGGAGGACGUUCUUUUCUGCAUUCCUUAGAAGACAGUUUCCCCCAUUCAGUACUUUUGCUUACUUUUUUUGUACUGAGAAUAGGUAUGACUCUUAUUCUGAGCCACAUCUAUGUGCCCAUAUUGAUUAGGUGACUGUUUUGGGGUACAGUACGUGAAUGAAGUAGAUAUUAAGGUAUUUCUUAGUACCUUAAGGGAUCUGACUCAGUGGUGGAGCACUGAAUGCACAAGGCCUUGGUUCAAUCCCUAGCACCACAAAAAACAACAAAACAAAACAAAAAUAAAAGCCUUCUAUAAUCUUGUGUGGAGUAUUUAAGGAAGGGUUUUUAAUGAUAUACUAAUGGAAUAUAAUUCAGAAAUGGAGGGGGAACUAGAAAGUCUUAGGAAUCUAUCCAGUAUGGACUAGAUUAGAGAGCAUCUUAAUGUUUAAAUGUUCUGCAGGUUAAUACAGAUAUCAACGGCCCGGGCCAUGCGGGUUUUAAGGCCUGUUUCUUCUCAUGAGUUCCAGCAGAAGACAGACGGAGGAGUCCUCAGGGUGGAUGACUUUCCUUUCCUGAGCAAGAGAUGCAAUAAUACUUGGAGUCUGUCCAUCACUAGGCUCUGAGCUUAGUAAACCAGCUGAAUGAAGGCAUGUAACAGACCCCUGGGAGGGACAUUGAAAUCUGCAGUGGGGGGGGGAGGGGCUUGGACACACCCCUUCCCCCCAGACUCCUCCUCCUCCUCAGAGUCCAUUCAGCCAUGGACUUUGGACCUGGAUAAGAGGAAAAAGCUGCACUUUGUUUGGUGGAUCUGAUUUGGAUUCUCGGUUUUGAAAAUGGAGUGUUGGAUGGGCAUUUCAUGAUCUCCAGGGGAGCAACUGAGAAAAGAAAGGUGCAUGGCUGCUUCCUAGUCCCAUAUUCUGGAGGAAACAAUCCUAGAACCGUGGGCCAGUGAGCCAGGCAACCAGGCAGCCUUAAGCCCUCUCUUUGCCCGCCCUCCCCUCUGGGGGCCAGGAUGCUGAAGAAGCAGUCUGCAGGGCUUGUGCUGUGGGGCGCUAUCCUCUUUGUAGCCUGGAACGCCCUGCUGCUCCUCUUCUUCUGGACACGCCCAGCACCUGGCAGGCCGCCCUCAGACAGUGCUUUUGAUGAUGACCCUGCCAGCCUUACCCGGGAGGUGACCCGCCUGGCCCAGGAUGCUGAGGUGGAGUUGGAGCGUCAGCGGUGGCUGUUGCAGCAAAUCAGAGAGCAUCAUGCUCUAUGGAGCCAGCGGUGGAGGGUGCCUACUGUGGCACCUCCUGUCCGGCCUCGUGUGCCUGUGACCUCACCGCCAGAUGUGAUCCCCAUCCUGGUCAUUGCCUGUGACCGCAGCACUGUUCGGCGCUGUUUGGACAAGUUGCUGCAUUAUCGGCCCUCAGCUGAGCACUUCCCCAUUAUUGUCAGCCAGGACUGUGGGCAUGAGGAGACAGCCCGGGUCAUUGCUUCUUAUGGCAACGCAGUCACACACAUCCAACAGCCUGACCUAAGCAACAUUGCUGUGCAACCAGACCAUCGCAAGUUCCAGGGCUACUAUAAGAUUGCCAGGCACUACCGCUGGGCAUUGGGACAGAUUUUCCAUGAGUUCAAGUUCCCAGCAGCUGUGGUGGUGGAGGAUGAUCUAGAGGUGGCACCAGACUUCUUCGAGUACUUCCAAGCCACUUAUCCACUGCUGAGGGAUGACCCCUCCCUCUGGUGUGUAUCUGCUUGGAAUGACAAUGGUAAGGAACAGAUGGUGGACUCAAGCAAGCCUGAGCUGCUGUAUCGCACAGACUUUUUCCCUGGCCUGGGCUGGCUACUGUUGGCUGAGUUGUGGGAUGAGUUAGAGCCCAAGUGGCCUAAGGCCUUCUGGGAUGACUGGAUGCGUCGGCCUGAGCAGCGGAAGGGCCGAGCCUGUGUGCGCCCUGAAAUCUCAAGAACGAUGACCUUUGGCCGUAAGGGUGUAAGCCACGGGCAGUUUUUUGACCAGCAUCUUAAGUUUAUCAAAUUGAACCAGCAGUUUGUGCCCUUUACACAGCUGGACCUGUCAUACCUGCAGCAGGAGGCCUAUGACCGGGAUUUCCUUGCCCGUGUCUACGGUGCUCCUCAGCUACAGGUGGAGAAAGUGAGGACCAAUGAUCGGAAGGAGCUGAGGGAGGUGCGAGUACAGUACACAGGCAGGGACAGCUUCAAGGCCUUUGCCAAGGCCCUGGGUGUCAUGGAUGAUCUCAAGUCAGGUGUUCCCAGGGCUGGCUACAGGGGUAUUGUCACCUUCCAGUUUCGGGGCCGCCGUGUCCACCUGGCACCCCCACAGACCUGGGAUGGCUAUGAUCCUAGCUGGAAUUAGCAGUACCUGCCUGUCCCUUUUGGGUCCCUUUCUUGCCAUACCAUGAGCUGAGGUAGGAUAGCAGUCCCUGGGCUGCAUCAUCCUGUUUUCCUCUUGGGUCCAUUUUAUCAUCAUCUUUUUUUUUUGUUUGGUUGUUUUGAGUUGCAUUCAAGUGCACAAAUGAUAAGGUGAGGGUUUAUUCUCCCGUUUUCAAGGGAGUCAGAAGGGGAACCAUUCUGGGGUAUGUUGGGGUGGAGUAUUAAGCAAGAAACCACUGUGUGGUAGCGGGAGACUUGGGCUUGUUGGGACUGGGAAUGUCUAUGUCCUGAGUUUUCUCCAAGUCAUCUGUAGAGAGGUUGGCAACUAACUCUUGACCAAGCCUCCUCUUUCAGCCAGGGCAUGAGCCCUGUACUACUCUUCUUCUUCACCUACUAUGUGGGGCUGGAUUAUGUGAGAAGGGAACAUUUGGGGCCAAAAGGAGACUAACCAAAAGGGUUUCACCAUGAGGGGUGGGGUAGAGUUGUUCCCCAGGCUUUACUGCCUCCAGCUCUUCCUUCUUACCCUGACUUCCUCUCAGGUCUUCAUUCUCUGUGGCCUAGCAGUGUGUGGUUUCUAAGAUGAAAAGUGGAAGAGGGAAAAGCAAAACCCCUUCUCAGCUCAUGUCAGGGCAAAGAUAGUAGGGGAAAAGCCUGUGUGGGACUACCUUCCCUCUUUUUGCCUCAAAGAGACCUUGUUCUUCACCCCCCCCCCCUUUCUAAAAAUAAGUCCCUUCCCUGUUGCUUUAGGAAGGUUCCACACUGACUUUGGUGGGAAAUAAAUGAGCUCUUUGUGUCCUUUUGCCCCUGGGGUUUGGUCACCUCCCCCUCCCCAAGAGGCUUUGGCUUCUGGUGGCUCUCCGCAUAUGAGUUAAUGUAACUGAAACCAGGACAGCCCUGUCCAUGCAUCAGGUCCUGCCCAGCCUCCCCCAAACGUUGCCAUGUCCUUACAGACCAGGAUGCAGAUGGCAGGUUGGAGAGGAAUUUGUAUGUUUUUGUUUCUUGCUUGACCUCGGUUUCAUGGAAGAAAGUGGAAUCUACAGAAUUAUUUUCAAAAAUAAAGUAAAGGCUGAACUGUCUGCAAAA